UUUUCUUUGCUUUUCUUAUCUCUUCUUCUUUUUUUUACAAUUUAGUUAAAAGGCCAAAAUUGUAAUAUUCUGACAAUUAUGUAUCAGUUAAAAUAGUAAAAUAAUUUAAUAUUCAUUCCACUUUAAUAAAAUUAAAUAACGAUCCACCGGAAUAUUCCUCAAAAAUCAACAGUUAAUUAUAAAUGGCGAGCAAUAUAUAUUUGAAUGGUUCGACCAAUGGCGAUAUAUCCAAAUCUGUCGUAAAAGAAAAAGAGAGCAAUCAAUUUAAGUUAAUUGGGAAAAAUGAAAUUCACGAUUUUAUAAUUGAUUGUAUGACGUCAGUAGGCACAAGUGAAAAACAUUCAAAAGCUUUGGCCGAUUUGCUAUACACAGCUGAUUACAGAGGACAUUUUAGCCACGGGAUAAAUAGACUAUUCAAUUAUGUAGAAGAUGUCAGCUCCGGGGCCUGCAACAAAGAUGGAGAGCCUAUAAUUCUCAAUGAAACCCAAUCGAUAGCUUGGAUAGAUGGUAAUAAUUUAUUGGGACCUGUUGUUGGGUUAUAUUGCAUGUCCUUGGCCAUCGAAAAAGCUUUGAACACCGGGAUAGGAUAUGUCACUUGCAAAAAUUCCAAUCAUUUUGGCAUAGCUGGCUUUUACUCUCUUUUGGCUUCGAAUCGUGGAUUAAUAGGAAUCGUCUGCUCAAACACGUCCCCCUGCAACGUUCCGACACGAGGAAAAGACAUUGUCAUAGGAUCAAACCCGUUAUCCGUAAAUGCCCCGGGAUUAUUUGGCGAUUAUUUUUCUCUCGAUAUGGCCACAUCAGUUGUAGCAUUUGGAAAAGUUGAAAUGAAUCAAAUGAUGGGUUUGGACAUACCUAAAGGCUGGGGAGUUGAUUCAAAGGGAGAACCGACUUGUAAACACGAUAAAAUAUUGAAAGGGGGAGCGAUGUUGCCUUUAGGAGGCGAAGAGAUUACUGGCGGUUACAAAGGUUACGGUCUAGCAAUGAUGGCUGAAAUAAUGAGUGGUAUAGUUAGUGGAAGCGAUUAUGGCCCCCACGUUAAAAAGUGGACAGAUAAGUCGCGUCCCGCUAAUUUGGGACAUAGCUUUUUGGUUAUUAAUCCAAAUAUGUUUGCGCCUAAUUUUGAAGAUAGGAUGAGUGAUUUGAUGGAUAAUCUGAGAAACUCGAAUUCGUUAGAGGAACAACAUCGAGUUAUAGUACCCGGGGACCUAGCUAGAAGUCAUAUGAAGGAAGCCGACAAACAAAUGGGAGUGAAAUAUCACACAAAUCAAAUUUCAUCUUUGAAUAGUUUGGCCGAUAAAAUUGGUGUUAAUAAAAUUAAAUGCGCUUUAUAGAUGUUAAUAAUUUCUGCCUACCCCUACAGAGGACACACAUUAUUAUGAUCAAAAUUAAUUUAACCUUAAUUAUAAAAUUUUUGAUGUAUUUAUUAUAUAUUUAUUAUAAUUUUAAUAUUUAUUUUUCGUAAUUUUAAUUUAAUAUUAUUUUUAAGAUAAUUUUAUUUCAUUAAAUUUAAAUUGUAGAAGCCGCAUUUCGUAAGAAGGUUUUUUUUUAGGGAUUAUAACUUUUCCCACGAAUUUUACUAUACUAUAUUUGAAGUCUUGUUUUAAUUUUAUUUAAAGUGUCUGUAUUUAUUCAAAAUUGAAGUUUCGAAAUGUGUUUGGAAACUGUCUUUAAAUGGCAUUUUUAUAUUUUUAAUAGAGAUACCACUUUUACAUUCUAUAUUUAUAAAUUAUAUUGUGUAUUGAA